AUGGCAUUCGUAUGUUAUCCAUCUGCAUUUUCAUCUCAAACUUUUCUAAGGUCUUCUCAGGUUCUGCCAAUGGCUGUUGGUAUCUUUCUUUGCGCCAUGGAUGGGACCAUUGUCGUGUCAUCCGCAGCUGCUAUUGGCAGUGAAUUAAACGAGCUUCAAAAUACUAGUUGGAUAGCUACAGCGUACCUGUUAACGCUGACGAGCUUCCAGCCUCUCUACGGAAAGUUGAGCGAUAUAUUCGGGCGCAAGAGCUGUUUACUGUUUUCUUACUCAAUCUUUUCCAUUGGAUGUUUGUUGUGCGGCCUAUCACGGAACAUGAACGAACUUAUCAUGUGCAGGGCAUUCGCUGGAAUAGGCGGUGGGGGAAUGCAACCAAUCGUUAGUAUAAUCAUGUCCGAUGUCGUCCCCCUUCGCUCUCGCGGGACUUGGCAAGGCGUCUUGAAUAUAGUUUGGACGACUGGAACUAUUGUAGGAGCCUCACUUGGAGGACUUUUUGCCGACACAAUUGGAUGGCGCUGGGCAUUCCUAAUUCAAGUACCCAUUGCUCUGAUUGCAAUUAUCGCUGUGUCUCUCGCUCUCCACCUUCCGAAGGUAGAGUCCGGAGGUUACAAGGCGAAGCUCAAGCGUGUGGACUUUCUCGGAGCCAUCUCCCUAGUCUCCGCGGUUUUCUUCCUUCUGUUCGGGCUAGAUAGAGGAGGUAACGUUUCUUGGAACGAUAAGUUGACCAUAUACUCCCUGUGCGCAUUUUUUGUGGCCUUCGUGACCUUUGCCUUCGUCGAGAUGAAAUGGGCGAGCGAGCCCUUUGCCCCCAAGAGAAUCAUAGUGAACCGAUCCCUAAUCUCUAGUUACUUGGUCAACUUCUUCGGCAUUGCUUCGGGCUUCACCAUGAUCUUCUACAUCGCGCUGUAUUUCCAGGCGGUGCAAGGGAGAAGCGCCUCGGAAGCUGGGAUUUGGUUGCUCUUUAGUGUCGGGGGCAGCCUAACGGGCUCUCUCUGCGGAGGUUUGAUAAUUCAGGCGACGGGAAAAUAUUACCUACUCACGCUGGCGAGUUAUAUCGUCUUCUUCUUGGGGACCACUUCAACCACUCUUUCGUCUGGUGUUAUUGUUACAUCAUCAGUUGGCAUCGCUUCGGGUGACGGUAUUACGACAAGUCUCAUUUCGCUAAUUGCGAAUGCAGGCCAAGCCGACCAGGCCAUUGCUACCGCGGUUUCAUACCUCUUCCGCUCCCUUGGAUCUGUGGUCGGUUUGUCGGUCGGGGCGACACUAGUGCAAGGAACAUUGCGCUCCUCUCUUCAGCACAAACUUUCAGGACAAGACGUUGACGAGAUAAUUCGGCGGGUCCGAGAGUCCCUCAGCUACCUUGACGAGCUCGACCCUGUUACACGAGCAACGGUAACGACUUCUUAUGGCGAAGCCAUACACGUCGCCUUCUGGUUCUCCGCGAUCAUGGCCGCCUGCGCCAUGAUUUCGGCCAUAUUCAUCAAGGAAAAGCCUAUACCCGCGAAGACCACGUGA